AUGACGAAGACCAAUGACAAAACAGUAAGUUACGAAAUUAUAUUCAAUUAUUAAAAAGCACAAAAUCAAUUUUCAGAUUUUCAGACUUUUAUUAUUAAUAGUAUUUUUUAUUUUUGGAGUUUCUAGUUAUACGGGAUAUAGUGAAGUAGAAGCAGAGAAAUUUUUGAAUUUAGCAGCGGCUGCAUAUGCUGAUUCUAGCAAUGUGACAGCACGCCAAUCUUGUAUAGAUGUCAGUUUUCCAACUGACAAUUUUCGGGUUCUUAUGGUCAUGUCAACUCCCUGUGAUAAGGUUAGUUAAAAAUUUUUUGUUCUUAUGAUACGUUUUUCUAAAAAAAAACAUAAAAACAUUUAAAGCAUGGGAAUCAAUGUCAAGCAUUUGUUGCGAUUUCCGAUACAACAAGGCAGGUAAUCAUAUCGUUUCGUGGAACAAACAGCGCCGGACAACUUUUGACUGAAUUUUCAAAUGGUUUAGAAGAUUAUGUAAACUAUACAGAAACUGGUGAGUUCCGGUUAAUUAUCAGAAUGAUAGAAUGUAAAAAAAUUAUAUGAUUUUUUAAAAUUUUAUUUCUAAGCACAUUUAUGAAUAAUUUGUUUCAAUGUUUUUAUUUGUAUUCAUUCGGGUUCUGAAACUUUCGUCAUAAUAAAUACUUUCUAGACGGUUCGGGAAAUAAUGUCAACGUCGGUCAUGCAAAUGUAUAUUUUCUUGAUGCAAUGAAACAAAUGUGGGAUGAUAUGGUGUAUCCAAGUAUCAACAGGUCAGAAAAAUUGAAUAAUUCCAGUCAAAUCAUUUUUUUUUAUUUUUCCAGCCGAAAAGAUUAUACAUUUUUGAUAACCGGUCAUUCACUUGGUGGUGCUAUGGCAACUUUGACAGCAUUUCGAAUAGCCUUCAGACAAUUUUCAAAUCGUAUAAAAGUUCAUACUUUUGGAGAACCAAGAGUUGGUGAUUUAUUAUUUGCUGGAUAUUUUACGGCUGUUGUACCAUAUGCUUUUCGGGUUGUGCAUUAUACUGAUCCGAUUCCACAUCUUCCACCUUUGAAUGUUGAUAAUCCAACUGGAAGUGGAAUGCCAUAUCAUCAUCCAAGAGAAAUAUGGUGAGAUUUGUUCAUAGUUCUUGUAUUAUUUAAAAAAAAAUGUUGAGAAAUGUUAAGGAAAGAAUUAUAUCAUUUUAAUUUUUUGCCAAAAAAAAAUGUGGAGUUAGAAACAAUAAUGGAAUUUUGAAAAAUUUCACGUUCCUGAAUAAUUGUAUCAGUUUCUUAAGAAAAUUAGAAGUUGAACAUCAACAAUUGACACAUUAACUACAAAAAACUCUACCACAAUUAAUAUAAUUCAUUCUCAAAAAUACAGAAUUUUCAGGUAUAACGACGAUUUCACAAGUUAUACACUAUGUAGUGAUACAAAUGGCGAAGAUUGGAGUUGUAGUGAUCAAAAACCCUUUUGGGAUUAUGGUAGUAAAGGAGUCUACCGUCACACACAUUAUUUCAAUCAUUUCGUUUCUGAAUAUGGAUCUCUAGGUUGUCCAAACUCUGAAUCAACCAUAAAAUAUGCAAUUGUUUUGUUCUCGCUAAUAUUUUAUUUUCUAUGA